GCCGCACCUUAACCCGAGUGCCUGCGUUGAAGUGGCUGCAACUCUUCUACGAAUCGUCGUCUCCGUGCCAAUCAUACACCGCUCUUCUCCUCCGCAGUCUAUCACCCAAAUGGCUUCGUCAUCUGAUGACAAAGCCACCAUUAUCGACGGCAAAGCCAUCGCUCAAACUAUCAGAUCCGAAAUCGCCGACGAGGUGCGCCACCUCUCCCAAAAAUACGGCAAGGUGCCAGGCCUAGCCGUGGUAAUUGUUGGGAGCAGAAAAGAUUCUCAAAGCUAUGUGGGCAUGAAAAGAAAAGCGUGUGCUGAAGUUGGGAUUAAGUCUUUUGAUGUGGACCUCCCGGAGGAAGUACCCGAAGCCGAGUUGAUCAGCAAGGUUCACGAGUUGAAUGCAAAUCCGGAUGUACAUGGUAUAUUGGUUCAGCUCCCCUUACCAAAGCAUAUAAAUGAAGAGAAAGUUUUGAGUGCAAUUAGCCUUGGGAAAGAUGUGGAUGGUUUUCAUCCUCUGAAUAUUGGCAAACUUGCAAUGAAAGGCCGAGAACCCCUUUUCCGGCCUUGUACUCCCAAGGGAUGCCUUGAACUGCUAGCACGCAGUGGUAUAAGCAUAAAGGGAAAAAAUGCUGUUGUUGUCGGUCGAAGUAACAUAGUUGGAUUGCCUGUUUCAUUGCUGCUGCUGAAGGCAGAUGCUACUGUUAUCAUUGUUCAUUCACGUACACCAGAUCCGGAAAGGCUAAUUCGUGAAGCUGACAUUAUAAUUGCUGCAGCAGGACAGGCUAUGAUGAUCAAAGGCAGUUGGAUCAAACCUGGUGCUGCAGUUAUUGAUGUUGGGACUAAUGCUGUUGAUGACCCAAGUAAGAAGUCAGGAUAUAGGUUAGUGGGAGAUGUGGAUUUCCACGAAGCAUGUAAGGUGGCUGGAUGGAUAACUCCUGUUCCUGGUGGUGUGGGCCCAAUGACCGUUGCAAUGCUGCUCAGGAAUACGUUAGAUGGAGCAAAGCGUGUGAUUGAGCAGUGACUGUCGCCUAUGCUUGGGAGGAGUACUUGAAGCAAUUUCAACAUGAAAUCUAGUAGCCAUGCGAUUUCUAGUAAAGAUAUAAAAGGGAAGGAUGAAGAGAACUCGAUAUGAUAAGGAAGGAUGUUAGAGAAGCCAGGGGAGCAAUGGCCAACCCUACCCUCCACCUGCGUCCAAUAACCAUAGAUCUACUUGUUGUACUAUUUGAAAACGUGAGCAAACGUUAUCCUCAACGUACAUGCAAUUAACGUGGCGUAAUGUCUAAUUCUUUACCUCUCUUUAGCAUGCAUAUAUAUAUAUGACAAGUAGUCUAUCAAAGGAACAAACCUUUCCCUCAUCAACUCAUUUGGAAUCUAGUACAAGCUGGUUUGAUUAAUUAAAUCAAAUAGAAUGGUUAGUCAGUGCUGCUUGCACGCCUCCCCUGCUGCUUCUUACAUUGGAAUCCAUCAAGGUUAUGGGGCAAAUUCCUACUAAAUGCAGACCAAUCGCAGAGGCCGAUGUAGAGUGAAUGCAAUUAGCUCUCAACUUCCUGCUCUUGGAGGCAGAAUUUUUCUCAUUCAAAUUCAAAGUAAAGCAAAACAAAUUUUAGAGCAAAAUUGGUUUCUU